GCCUGCCUGCGUGUUGUUUUGUGUGCAUGUGGAGGGUGAGUGGAAGCGGAGGAGUCUUUUUUGUUAACAAAGAUUCUGGACACUGCUGUGUGUGUGAGAGAGUGAAUGUGUGUGUUGUAAUGUGAGGCAUUUGUUUCCCGCCUUGUAUAAUUUGCACUUAUGCCAGAGAGGUAUUUAUUUGUAUUUAUCGGACAGUAGCCGAGCCGUCCUGCGGAGCCCCUCUGCUCGCUGCCGCCGCGGCUUUGUUCUGCUCUGCCCGGUUCAUGCUCCUCAGUUCUUCGGCUUCAGCUCAGCACUUUGAGGCGACAUGUCCACCGACUGCCAGAAGACCACCGCCAAGGCCAUCCCGUCCACCAGGAGGGUGGCCAUCAACGACGCGGCGCACAUGCCCCACGACUACUCCACGACCCCCGGAGGGACCCUGUUCAGCACCACCCCGGGGGGAACUCGGAUCAUCUACGACCGGAAGUUCCUGCUGGAGUGUCGCAGCUCCCCGGUGGCCAGAACUCCUCCGCAGGGUCUACCCAACAUCCCUGGCGUGACCAGUCCUCCCUCCAAAGACGGCAAGAGCAAGGUUCCCAAUGGAGAACUACUGAACAACAACAGCAUCACCGCACCCGACAGCAGCAGUGCUGUCGAUGAUGCUCAGUUUGAAAUGGACAUCUAGGCGGAGCUGAUCAAGACACUGUGAAGAGAGGCUCAGGAGCGCCGCUCUUUCCAGCCAUUAUUCCUCAGAGAUGGAGCUCCCUCUUCAGUUUCUCAUGGUUUUGCCUGUGUCAGUCUUAUUUGGCCUUUUUUUUUUUCCCCCUCCGAACAAAUCUGGAAAACAUUCUUCUUUUCUCUUCUGUCUGCCUUAAACCUGAUUUUGAUAAGACAAAGUGUGCCUUCCUGUAGUGACUACAAGCUGAAGAUCAACAGAGAAGAGCUUCACUUCAAAACGUCCCUCAGUAAUGGGACAUAAUUAUGAG